UAGAGGGAUGCAGCAGAUAUUGAAUUUCAACAGGACAGCAUUCCCAAAAAAAUUUCAAGAAGGGACAGGACAAGAUCGUGGAUGUUCCCUGAGUAAACAACUGGAAGCACAGUUUGAGUAGGACCUGGUCAAAAAGUUUAGCCAGCCUGCCAGUGGACUGACGGUAGACCAAACAAGCUGAUCAAGGACUUUGUGUAUGCAACAGACGGACAUGAAGACAGCGAGCCACAAGAGCCGAACAAUGUGAUUUUUCACCGUGCCAUUAGUGUCUGUCAGCAGCUGUUUUACACUUAACAGGGUUUGCUUUUGAGUCCAGUUGUUCUACAAGUUCUCAGGAGAGUGGUUUGUUGCAUUCCCUGGCCUGGCAUACACAAAGGGAUGGACAGCAGUGACCCACAGGAUGACGAAAGAGAGGGCAGAAGCAAAGAGACCGAUGGAGAGGCCGAUAAACAGCUGAAGAACCAGCUCAACAGUGAGGAGAAAGGCGAGAAGGAGAUCAAAGGGAAUGAGAAAGAGAAGAAGAAAGAGAGCCGGCGUUCUGGGUCACUAUGGAGGAAUGGAUGGGCGCUGAGUGAAAGACUGGCCAUUAAUGUCUCAGGGAUGCGUUAUGAAACUCAGCUUCGCACUUUAGCCCAAUUCCCUGAUUCCUUGCUUGGUGACCCCAGGCGGAGGUCACGAUACUUUGACCCACUUCGAAAUGAGCUCUUCCUGGACCGCAAUCGGGCCUGCUUUGAUGCCAUCCUUUAUUUUUACCAGUCAGGGGGGAGGCUUCGGAGGCCUGCGAACAUACCCUUGGACAUCUUCAUGGAUGAGCUGAUGUUCUAUGAGCUUGGAGAGGACAUCAUGAACCGCUUCAAGGAGGAUGAAGGUUUUCCAAAGGAGGAGGAGACACCGCUGCCAGCAAACGAAAUCCAGAAAAGACUGUGGAUGCUCUUUGAGCACCCCGAGUCCUCAUCGGGCGCACGUAUCAUAGCCAUCAUCAGUGUUAUGGUGAUUGUGGUGUCCAUCGUCAUCUUCUGCCUAGAGACACUGCCCGACUUCAGGAAUGAGAAAGAGACGCGGGAGGAAUAUUUUUACAAGUACCACUCCCUGGCUAAGAACAUAUCUGAGAACAUGUCUCCUCCACAAAAUGUUUUUCAUGACCCCUUCUUCCUGGUGGAGACCAUAUGUAUAUGCUGGUUCUCCUUUGAGCUCUUCAUGCGUUUCGCUUGCUCUCCCAGCAAGAUGCACUUCUUCAAAGAUGUCAUGAACAUCAUCGAUUUCAGUGCCAUCCUGCCCUAUUUCGUCACUCUGGGAACAGAGCUGGCCAAGGACAAUGAUGCCUCUCCAGCCACAUCCUUGGCCAUCAUCAGAGUCAUCAGGUUAGUGAGGGUGUUCAGGAUCUUCAAGUUGUCACGUCACUCUAAGGGCCUACAGAUCCUUGGUCAGACACUGAAGGCCAGCAUGCGUGAGCUGGGCCUGCUUAUCUUCUUCCUGUUUAUUGGCGUCAUUCUCUUCUCCAGCGCCAUCUACUUUGCUGAGUCUGACCACGCCAACACAGCCUUUAUCAGUAUACCACAUGCUUUCUGGUGGGCAGUUGUCACCAUGACCACAGUGGGCUAUGGUGACAUGUACCCAGAAACAGUGUGGGGUAAGUUGGUAGGCUCGAUGUGCGCUAUUGCCGGUGUGCUUACCAUUUCGCUACCGGUGCCUGUCAUAGUGUCCAACUUUAGCUACUUCUACCAUCGGGAGACUGAAUGUGUGGAUCAAACCGAGUACACCCAUGUCCAGACGAGCCUGCGGGAGGACGAGGAGCCAGAAGAUGAGGAAAUAGAGGAAGGGCAUAUGGAUCCAGAGGGAGAUUAUUAUGCCAUUGAAGGCAUCUGCAGCCCUUUGAAUGGGACUCUGCUGGGUGGACUGUGUAGAGGACAGAGCACCGAGUUCAGAGGAGGAAAUAUGUAUCUGAGGGAACCACUGGUUACUCAAGUGUAGGGAGGGUCAGUGAUGUUUUAUACCAUUUGACAAAGACACACCAGGAAAACAUUCUGAAGUGAACGAAAAAGCAGAAUGAAACACAAUGAAUAUGAAUCCAUAGGACUCCAGGUCCUGAAGAGAGAAACUGGCCAAGAGAAACAGGCAAAUUGUGCUCAUUAAAACGAUAAUAUAACAUUAAGAUGCCUGCUAAAUACUUUUUAUUGCCUUUCCUUGUUCAUUUCUUUAAUAUUUAUUAUAGCACUAGCCAGCCAAAUGUCUCUGAAAGGCAACUUUUGUAUAAUACGGCUUUCAAAAAGCAAGAAAAAGACAGUGAGUUUUUACAUUCUCAGGGUCAUGAUGAUAUAAAUAUAAUAUGAGCUAUUAUUUAUUAAUAAUAUCGGCUUGUGUUUGAGAUGAAAAUGACUUUCUGAAUGUCUGUUCUGUGCCUUGAAACUAUGAUGUCUUAGUACUGUCGCUUUGUGGUUUAAAGUUUGAAGUGGAAGCAGAUAGAUUAUUGGCAAUAUAGAUGUCACGUCUCAUCAAAACUCAACCAAACACCAACAGAGCUGUCACUGCAGGCAGAUCUCUCGUAAACCAACCCCACAUUUUCAACAUUCUUCUGUAAGUCAUGUACAAAGUUCACAUUUGUGUAGUUUUGGCUUAUGUGACCUGAAGCGACUGACAUGACCUUUAUCAUGCUGUAAUACAACACUGUAGCGUUACCUAAUGACACAGUGUUACUCAUUUGUGUUAUAUAUUGUGCUAUUCAAAAGUUCUGUAUUUACCUGCUUAAUUAUGCACUCAGCGUUUUUA